AUGCUACGUGUCUUGGAGAGAAGAUUUUUCAGUAGCGCAUCAAGGUUACUGCAACAAGAGACUGCUCAAGGAGCGAAGACUUUACAAGUGAAGUCUUCGUGUCCGGCUGGAACACCGCUUAAUCUUGAUAUUAAGAAGGGCGGUAAGAACCCUGUUGCGCUUGAUGAUUCUGAGUAUCCUGAAUGGCUGUGGACGGUUCUAGAGAAAGAGGCACAAGAAAAAAAGCUGGCGGAGGAUCCGAUGAAGAUGAGAAAAGUUGAGAUUAGGAAAAGAAGUAGAGCUAACAUCAAACAGAACAACUUCUUGGGGCAACUUUGA